AAACCCGAAAACGAAGAAGAUUGGACGGUGAGGAUUGAACUGGAGAAAUGUCGUGGCAGGCGUAUGUGGACGAUCACUUGAUGUGUGACAUCGAAGGUCACCACCUGACUGCGGCGGCCAUCGUCGGUCACGACAGUAGUGUGUGGGCUCAGAGCUCCAGCUUCCCUCAGUUCAAGCCGGAAGAAGUUGCAGCGAUUAUGAAGGAUUUUGAUGAGCCAGGGUCUCUUGCCCCGACUGGACUGCACCUUGGUGGCACAAAGUACAUGGUUAUUCAAGGGGAGAGUGGAGCUGUGAUUCGUGGAAAGAAGGGUUCUGGUGGCAUUACUGUGAAGAAAACCGGGCAGGCUAUGAUUUUAGGUAUAUACGAUGAGCCGAUUACUCCUGGACAGUGUAACAUGAUCGUGGAAAGGUUGGGAGACUAUCUGAUUGAUCAAGGCCUAUAGGAGACCUCAACAUCAUGGUUUUGCGUUUAUGUAAUCUUUUCUUUUUCUGAUAUUUUGAGGCUUUAUUUCUGUUACUUCCUGCUAUGGAUUUGGAACUGGCACUGGAGUUGUUGCUGAAAUUGGAAGCAAUGACUGUAUAAUAGGUGUCCAAAGAUUGUUUAUUAUUCUCCAACUUUGUAGUUAUUUACCCAUUAUCUAUUACUCCAUUCUUGAGUGUGGUUUUUUGAGUUC